ACCUGCUUCAGACUGCAGUGUUUUCGUGAUUGUGUUUGCUGUGUUUCUGCUCCCCUCUAUGUACCCUAUGGUUCCCUUUGGUGUCUUCAUAAUCCUACAGAUGUCGAAAGUCAAUGUGAGGAGGACAAGCCAAACAGAGAGAGGUUCUUGUCGCUGGUGGCAGCUUCAGUGGUAGGUAUCUGUUUCUUUUGUUACAUAAUUUUUAAAAUUGUAUGGUUGGUUCCAAGAGUAGGCUUGCCUGUGAAUACAGCCGGUCUCUCCUCGCUCCUCUCUGCUAAGGACAUUUUGCUAAGAGGGACAUCUGUGCCUCAGCAACAGAAAUUCCAUGCUGAUGAUUAAUAAUCUGUCUGUAAUCUGGUCAGCAGCUCUGAUUGGUGGAUGUAGCAGUUAUAUUGUUGUAGCUAUUGUUUAUGAAUGUCAGACAAAAGACAAAUGGGUACAAAGGUCAAAUGUAAACACGAUGAAUCUGCUAGUAACAGUCAAUAUUUGUGGAAUAAAUACUUCUUUAGUAAAAGCAUUUGAGUUUUCCUAGUGUUCAUUUGCAAAAGAAGACAGAACUUUACCAUAAUUGACCAAGAGAAACAUCAAUUUAUUAGAUAAAUUUACAUUCGGAACCCAAAGAUUACCGGAUUAUGUAAACAUUGAUUUAUGUCAUCAGUAUAGAAUUUCUGUUGCCAAGACAUACUGAUAAUGAUGGACUUGAUUACUACUUAAUAACAAGUCGUGAAAGCUACAAGGCAAAAGAUUAUGGUGAUAAGAAUACGUAAAGGUAGCGACAGAAAAUGAAUUAAUACUAAAUAUGUCAAGGACUUUAAGCUGGCUAAAUAAAGGGGCGGUAUUUGCUAGAUAGUGUGCUUUUGUUAUGUGCCGCACUAGACACUUUUGCAAAAGGUAAAUACAGUUUAGGUUGGAACAGUAGGUGGAGGACCGGGCGAGAUUAAUUUGAAAAAGUCAUGUUUGUAACAUUACUUACAUGCACUUUUCAGAUCAGUUUAGGUUUCUAGGUAACUGUCUACCUACCCCUCCCUGAAGCCAACAUUAAGACUCACUUCUCACUUAGGGCAUAAUGUUGGCUUAGGAGAAGGGGUAGCUGGGCAGUUUCCUAGAAAUCAGAAUUGGUCCCACUUUUUUUCAGGGAGUUGUUCCAGAAGCUCUUCUCAAGGAACGCCUGGAUGUGGAGACACUGGACACCCUGGGAAUAAUACAGUCUCAGAAAGCCUUCAAUCAGAAAUACGUCAGGACCAAGACUAAACUUUUGUGUGUAUAUCUUCUUGAUAUUUCUUAACUUUAAUUACAGCCAACCUUUUGUCAUCAUGUUGAAGGUGAAAGGAAAACAAAUCUGAGCUAUUUGUCUUGUUGUCUGUUUGGCUGCUUCUAAAUUGUUUUCAGCCUCAUGAAACCCUCAGUUGCCAUUAACUCUUUAAGCCCCAAUAUCCACAUACAAAUUCUCCAAACUGAUCUGUAUAUAUUUCCUGAGAGAAUGUUUUGAGAGAAUUUGAUAAAAGAUCAAAGCAUUUUCCCUUUGGUGAUCAUUUUAUUUAUUCUCAUAACCUAAUCUCUUGACAAUGUAUGGAUAUUGUUAGGAGAAAAUUGAUGUUGGUCACUAUUGGGACUUAAAGGGUUAAAAGACCUUUUGCAUAAGUUGAUCACAUGAUCAACUUGUGCCUCCCAGUCACGCUUAAAUGUUUUCCAUACUAGUAAAUUUCGAAAUGUUCAAACUGUCAUGAAAUAUUUCCUUAAGCAUUACAGGCUCAAAUCUCCUUUUAAUUAAACAACAGUUUAAAAAUUUCGGAAUUUACAAGGAAUUGUAUAGUGAAUACAUGAGAAAGAUGAUUUAUCAGUCAGUGAUGCAGGCUGCUCAGUACUCUACGCUGUUAUUAUCUUGUUGAGAUAGGAUUUUGAAUACUUAACUUUUGAAUACUGCUAAAUAAACUGCACUUUGCUUUUGCUGUAGCUACAAGCAACAGAAAUUUAAUCUUUUGAGAGAGGAGAGUGAGGGAUAUGCCAAACUGGUCACGGAAUUGGGUCAGGAGAUAAGCCGACAUGUUACCAGUGCCAGAGUACUGGAGAAUAUUAAAUCUUUGAUUGGUAAGAAUGACAAAUUCCAUUGACUUUAGGAGUAUUUACCUCGAUUUCGAAGAAUAAUUGUUAAUUAUUCACCCACAGCCUGAUGUGAAUAGUCUGAAAGUAGGCAGUAGGGGAGAAAGGUGGAAGAAAUGCUAUGAUUUCAAAGAUGCAUUUUCUCCAUACUUUUCUGCAUACAAUUCCUGUCUUGUUGAUGAAAACAAUUUGUUCAACAAUCAAGACUUUCUUUUUGUAGUGAUCAUUUCCCAUAUUCUCAUUGACCUCUAUGUUGGAUAAAGCAUUGAUAAAUUAGGGAGAAGUAAGAUGCUGGUCAGGGUUUUAAGGGUUCACUGAUACCCCUGUUAGACUGAUACCUCCCUAAAAUUAACACUUAGCAAGGCUCUGCUCUAAGGAAAAUUGAAGGGUGCCGAGUGCUCUGAACCUGUAAAAUCUAGAGUGCCCAGCAUAUGAUUUGUAUGGAAAAUCUGAGAUUUGCUAGUUGCCUGAGGGCAAAAAUUGGGUGCCAGAGGCCACCGGGCUCUGCUUGAGCACAGCCCUUACCAUCCAGUCAUUUUCCUUCACUGUUUACAAUCUGGAACAUUUCUGAGACGAACAGUUCGUAGCAACACCAACAGUGUCUGUCUCAGAGUUGAUUGUCAAAGUAUUGUCUCAAGCAAUAAAGGUAUACUUUUUUAUCCACAGGUCGUUUUAACUUGGAUCCCAACAAAACUCUUGAUGUACUUCUUGAUUCAUUUGAAUGCCGCAUAGAUUUAGAGGACUUUUUUCUUCCGCUUUUAAAAUCCUACAUGGAAAAAUGUGAAUCCACUGCUCUCUGCCAUAUAAUGGGAUUCAAAUUCCAGUUUUACAAGGUAUGUGGACCAGGUUUUGUCAAAAUAUAAGGCACAUCAGUGCUCCAAGCCCAACUAUUUUUAAAUCUCUCUUUUGAAGUACAGUUAAACCCUGCUUUAUAGACACCUGCUUAAUUCAGACACCUCAUUAUAUUUCUUGCUAUUUCUUGUGUAUUUCACUUAAUGAACUUCAUAAAGAUUGUCAAUACAACUAAUUAAGACCCUAUGGCUUGCCACUUGAUCACUGAACAGUUGUCACAAAUUUAGAAACUCUCACACCAGUUUUACUUGCCAAGUGUUUUUUUAAAUGACCAAAACUGCAGUCAAAGCAUUGACUUAUGGUUCAAUGCUAAUUUUGCCCAGCACAUUUAUACGUAUAAAAGGAAAAGAAAAGAAAAAAACGUCUGGGAUGAUUAGGAAACACUAAAAUCCCUGAUCCCCUGGGAUCUUCCAGAUGUAUGAAAUCAAGGCUUGUGUCUGUUUACAAAUUUUUGUUUUCUUUUUUAGGAUCAACCAGAUUUGCCUACCCCUCCAUCACUUUAUCAUUUAACAGCAUUGCUUAUGAAGCACUCUCUACUGUCCCUGGAUGAUUUGUAUCUUUAUGUGAGUAAAGCAUGUUAUUCACCCUUUUAUUCCUUAUAGUGGCUCAAAUAAAUUAAAAUUUCUUGUUGUAAAAUCUGUAAAAAUGAAUUGCACUUCGCAAAAGUUCUGCCAAAGAGUUUUCAAUUGAAUGGUAACACAAGGAUUUCGUCCACAGAUUUAAAAGCUGGGUAAAAAUCUUGUCAUAACUAAUAACUAGUCUAAGGGUUAAAGGGUUAGAAACAGUUGUAAAAUGAGGUACUGUAGCAUAACUUUCUCCAUGUUUACAGUCUUGUAACUGUACCAUAUUUUUGUUCAGUAAUUUUUUGUUUAAUUUUUGCCUUUUUAUGCACAUCCACUUUUCCUGCUUAUGAGACAUCCUGUACAUGUAUGUUUUCCAGCUGAGUCCAUCAGAUGCAGACAUAGCUACAAGUAAUACAACAAAAAUGGAUGAAGCAAAGCAAGAAGCAAGAAAAAUGAAUAUGGCAGUAUUGGCUGUAAGUUUACAAACAUUGCAAAGUUAGUCCUGAAUUUUGGGGAAUAUUGACCUCUAGAAGGCAUGAAGUUUGGACACGCUGAAAGCCAAUUCCCAUCGAUAACUGUAGAAAAUAAGGAAUUUUUUUUUAUCCUCAAAUGGUGGUUUAAAUCAAAAUCUUUGACAGGUUGCAAAGAAAAUUAUUUUUACAGCAAGCUUAAGCAAGCAUUUACUAGUGCAUACGUCAUUUCAACUAGCCCCGGAUGCUUUUUGACAAGUAAAAUUGAUUUCAUAGUUCUUCUGUUAUUCGAAUUGCUCAAGAACAACAGAAUUCACUAGCCCGAUAGCAAAAUCCACUAGCCCCGGGCUAUCAGACACUACUUUCUUUGCACGCUGUUUGAGACCCUGAAAACUAUUUUAGCUGAUGAGGAUUAAAGUGAUGGCGUGGUUUUUCUGCCCUAGAUGAUUUUGUUCUAGAAUAGAGGUGCUGUACUAUAUUAAUUUUGAUGAUGUAGCCUUUCUAACACUGUAACAUCUGUCCAUUUGUUGUCUGAAAGGAAAUUGCUGCUGCAAACAAUGAAGAAAGUAACAAAGAAAGCAGUAAAGAAAAUGAUAAGCCACAAAUUGUAAGUACCUUUUUUGCUUGAUAAUAAAUUUAUGGCCUUGGUCAUCUAAGUCUUAAUCAUAGACUGAAGAAACACCAUAGUGCAGAUUAAAGUUCAUAUGCCCUGUUCCAUUCUCAUCUCUCUGGUUUCUCUGCAACUCAGGCACUAACCACAAGGAGGUAAAUUGGCACUGUGAUUUCUAAAACUUUUUACCUAAAAGUUGAUGGUGCCUAUUCUAGAAUGCUUUGCACAGCACGAAACGUCUCUUAGAGGGAUCACAUUACAAAUGAAGAUCUGUACGGUCACCUCCCAAAAGUUUCUAGCAAGAUCAGGGAAAGAAGAAUGAAGGUAAUUAGGCAUUGUGUUAGACACAGAGAGGAGGAGCAAGGCUGUGCUCUAACAAAAAUUGAAGGGAGCCCAGUGCUCUGAACUUGUGAAAUCCAGGGUGCCCAGCAUAUGAUUUCUUUGAAAACAGCAAAGAUUUUCCAGUCACCCGAGAACAAAAGUUAGGCGCCACGGGCCACCGGGCUCUGCCAGAGCACAGCGUUGAGGAGGCAUCAAAGCUUGUGUUGUGGCAGCCACAACACGGACAAACUAAGAGAGGGAGACCUAAGACCACAUACAUACACACUUUGCUUGAAGACACUGGGUUUAACCACUAUCAGAAAACUCAGAACACCAAUGCUAGACCAAAGUGACCUGGAGAGCCGGAGAUAGCUGGAGAGCUGGCGCUUGAUCAAACUAACUUACCUAAAUUGUUAAUGAUUUGCAUUUUUUUCUGCAGGCACCAGAUAAUCAGAAAUUUGGUGUAUGUGAAGCACUACUGAUGGUAGGAGGAUGGGAUCAAGCUCGCUCAGUACUUGAAAGACUACCACAGUUUGCUGCCGUCUCACAUCCUCCUAUAUCCAAAGCAUUGUGCAAGUUGAUCCAUACCACAAUUGAACCACUCUACCGCAGGUUAGUUUUGUCAUAUUGUUUUAUUUUAUGUAUCUAUUUUUUUUUAAUUUGCAACACACACAAAAAAAUUAGCAAAUGAUAUAUAGUAAAUUAAUAGUGAAAUAAUAGUAGGAAACAGAAGUGGUGAAGUGAGGGGACCUAGCAGUACUGAUAGGAGCUUAUGAGAGAUUAGGCUCUCCUUGUUUUUGUAUUUGCCUAGAAGUUCAAUCUUUAGUAUUGAUGUUUAAUAUUUUUGUAGUUUAAAGGUCAACAAGAGCUCAUGGUUCAAGUAGCUUAAUUUAUAGAAGGAAAAUAAUAAAAUAUUGCACGGAAAAUUUUUAUAGUGUUGUAUGAUAUCAGUACUUAUUUUGUGUAUAUUUUAUUUUGCACUGCAGCAGAGCUUAGUUAAUGGAAGUGUUAAGAAAGAAGAGUUGUGCUCUUGUAGUGCCUUGUGACCCCUCCCCACCCUCCCUGUGAUUUACCGGUACUUUCUCCGGUUGGUAACAGGCCCCUUGGAUUUCAUAAGCUCAACGCUUUUGUGCUCUCUACAUUUGUCUAUAAAGUAGCAUGGCUCAAGCUAGUGUUUGAUUACAGACUUUUCUCUCCCCUUACGUAAUGUAUGUGGUGUGGGGAAGAUGAGUAUGUGUAGUGUACAAAAAGCACGCAUAAUAAAGUAUGUGCCAAGACUUUUUGUCCAUGAUUGUAUGUAUUUUACUGUUUUUUAGGCAUUCUUCAAAGGCAGCCCGUGGACGCCCCUAUGCUCCUGUCCCGGGAGGGCCACCUCAGUGUAAAGCCUUCACUGAUUUGCCACACUGUGUAUUUCCAAUGCUGAUUCAUCUUGGCCCUCAUCUGUCAAGCGAUCCUAUCCUCAUGGCUAAGAUUCUUCGGAUUAGUAAAGGCUUCAUGAAAGACGUAAGGCAAUUUUUAGUUCAAAGGCUUUUUAAAGAUUCAACGAGGAAAUAGCCUGUGCCACAGAUGGAACUAAACCUUGAUUUAUUUAGUAACUUCUGUGAAACAGCAUGGAAUUCUUAUUCUGGGUCCUCACCUAUGUACCAGGAUUUUAGCAUGUGCCAUGAUAGGCCUGUUAAAAACAGCCAUUGUCGAUUUUUCAAUCAGGUUGAAGGGAAUUUUGAAACCCACUUCCAGUAAUUUGUUGAGUUUGUUGGAAGCCCAGAACAAGGAUCGCGGCACUGCCUCACAGAGGUUACUAAUCAGGGUUUAAUUACAUCUGUGACCCACUCUANGGGCCACCUCAGUGUAAAGCCUUCACUGAUUUGCCACACUGUGUAUUUCCAAUGCUGAUUCAUCUUGGCCCUCAUCUGUCAAGCGAUCCUAUCCUCAUGGCUAAGAUUCUUCGGAUUAGUAAAGGCUUCAUGAAAGACGUAAGGCAAUUUUUAGUUCAAAGGCUUUUUAAAGAUUCAACGAGGAAAUAGCCUGUGCCACAGAUGGAACUAAACCUUGAUUUAUUUAGUAACUUCUGUGAAACAGCAUGGAAUUCUUAUUCUGGGUCCUCACCUAUGUACCAGGAUUUUAGCAUGUGCCAUGAUAGGCCUGUUAAAAACAGCCAUUGUCGAUUUUUCAAUCAGGUUGAAGGGAAUUUUGAAACCCACUUCCAGUAAUUUGUUGAGUUUGUUGGAAGCCCAGAACAAGGAUCGCGGCACUGCCUCACAGAGGUUACUAAUCAGGGUUUAAUUACAUCUGUGACCCACUCUAACGAGGAAAGAACUCUUGAAAAAUUUCUCUGAUUGAGGUUUUUCUAGACCUUAUUUAGUAGAUAAUGAUGUUACAGUGAUUUUCACUUAGUGUCCUCAAAUGAUGUUUAAUCAAAAUCUUUGAUAGUCAUGAAAACAAGUUUGACUGAUGAGGAAAAACUUACUGUAAAUACUGACUCAAGCCUCAUUUACGUGAAAUCCUGAUGAGUAUCUGUUCUUUUCAUUAGUAUCCAAAUGUAUUUGAAGACAAGGAGCAGCGUUCAUUGCAGGUACACAUGUCAUUCUUUAGUGUUACAGAUGUACUUAUAAUGAGAAUUAAGAUUAUCUAUUGUUUAUCCUAACAGUGUAGUGCUAGAGGAAAAUUCAUUGAAGGGCUAUCAUGUUAAGUUGUUGGCUAAAAAAUUGGCUUAUCAUUUUCUUGUCUGGUCAUCAUGUAUGACAGCAGAUAGGAUUUCAUUUGACUUUGGGCAUAUUUCAGUUUGACAUUGUCCGACAACAAAUUGUUAUUGUUUUUUUUGUAGCAAUUUUUUUUAUGAGUAUGUGUUUUGCUGCUGAAGACUUUGAUAAAUAUGCAUUAUGUCCACAUUACUGUACUUGUGAUGCUUGCCCUUAGAUAUUCUGCACCUUUAAUGAUAAUAAAAAAUAUGAUAAUCUUUUUACAGGUUGAGAAAGUUUGGUGUGGUCUUCUAACGUUGGUGGAUGAAGUUCUUCUGCCCUCAAUUUCAUUACUGGAAUGUAACUCUAGUUUAGCAGAGGAACUGUGGGCCAUGAUGUGCCGCUUUCCUUAUGAGCUUAGGUGAGUCAACCCAUGCACAACACCAUCAGUUAUAGGCGUAUUAUUACCAUUGCUUCAUUCAAAUCUGCUUUGCAAAUUUAAAGAAAGAGGAAUUUUUUCAGGAAACAAUCACAGAACAUCAAUGCCUUUCAUGUUAUAUGGUAUACAGUAUUUCCUUGAAUAAGCGCCCACCCCAAGGCCAAUAUGUGAAGUAAGUGUUCUCUUCUGAUAAGCGCCCCCCGCCCCCUCCCUCCUCUUCCCCUUCCUUUCUUAAUGGUAGGGAUACAAGGAAAACCAGCAUCUAUGGCUACUCUAUUUUUUAACCUUUUAGGCUUUGACCACAGCAGAAUCAGUAAAGGAAAAUAGUUUCUUUUCCCUCAAGUCACUUGCAGUUCUUUGUAUAUCCAUGUGCAUGCUUGCAGAGUUCUACUAUGUGCAUUAUCUCUUCUUUUGAUUUUUGUCCUGUUGUCUGUGCUCCUUGUAAAUGCCGUAAACUUCCCAGGAACAACUACACCCUUCAGUAGUUUGUUUAUAAGGAAACAUUACAAGCACCUCACUCAAUGAAGUGCCCUCCUUCUAAUAAGCACCCAUCCUUUUAGCUGAAAUUUGGACUAAAAAUCAUUGUGCAUGUAAAUCAUGCAAAUCAUUUCAACUUGAAACACUCUCUUUAAGUUGAUGGAAGUGUAGUUAUGUGCAUGAAUGGUGGGCUGGCUUUCCUCUCAUAGAGGAAAUCAGCUUAUUUGAUUAACCACUCAUGCUGCAAGCUUCCAAUAUCAAGUGUGGGUCUCUCGUGCUGUGACUGGAGAAUACUGCCACUGCAUUCGUUCAUCCACAAACAUAUGCAGUUACUGUUCUUUAUAAGGAGCACCACAUUUCAGAUCUGUAGAAAUUGAAACUUCAUGUCCCAUAACUCACUAAUUGAUUUAGGUCUAAUUCUGUAAUAAAAUUGUUGUUUGCAUCAACCUGAAGUCAACUACAGUGGAAUGAAAUCCUAUACCUACACUUAUACAUGAAAGGUGUAACUUAAGUAGUAGUAACAAUUUUGUUACUGUAGCGUCAUGUCUAAAAUGUUUCUGGCAAUAGUAUAUAAUUUAUUGUUAGUUUCAAGAUGCAAAUUAUUUUGCAUAAAAAAUUAGUGAAGUGCAACAUGUAUCAAAUGUGUGUUUGUUUCACUAGAUAUCGACUUUAUGGUCAGUGGAAGAAUGAAUCAUACAGCAGCCAUCCUCGACUGGUUUUGGCCAAAGCUGCAACAAUAAAGAGAGCAAAAUACAUCACAAAGUAAGUUGGUGUUCAUUAAACAGCACCCAUGGUUUUAGUUAUUGCAGCCUGGAUAACCAGUUGGUAUGUUUUUUAACUUUCUGUAUGGGUAAUUCCCUAGUCUGACAUUGCCUGACAUUGCCUGUUUACAAGUGUGUGAACAAUAACACACUGGGCUGUAAAUAGUGGUUUUGCUCCAUCUGAGGCUACUUAACGUUUUUCCAGUUAAGUACAUACUAUCUGUUGUUUCGAUAUUAACUUUCUUUGGUUCUAGCUAUUGCUACAGUAACAGCAAGUCGUUGGUUUUUUUUCUGAUCUGUUGGUAAAAUCACAUCACCAUCUGCACUGUAGAUGGCUCUAUGAGAACUAAUUACUCACUUACUUAAACAAAUUUUUGAGGCAUUCAAGAAGAGUGUGCUACAUUCCUCUAGCCUGAAGUUUUGUUUUCUGGAUAUUGACCACAUACGUGUAAUAGUUCUUGGUUCAGAAUGGGGAAAACAUUAGUAACUGCUGUCAGUGUUGAUGUGACUGCUGUUUUUGUGUUGUAGGAGACUAACAAAAGAAAAUGUCAAACCAUCUGGAAGGCAGAUCGGAAAACUAAGCCACAGUAAUCCAGGAAUCUUGUUUGAAUAUGUGAGUUAUCAAACGUGUUGUUCUGCCACAUCCUAAAGUUGAAAACAAAGCAGGGCAGCAUCUUUGGAAUUUACACAUCACAAGUUUUAUGUUUUGUAUAUUAUUCAUGAAUUAGGGCUAGGAGACAAAAGAAAUUGAGAAUCAAUCUUGGUUAGAAAAUUUUAACCUGAAUUUAAUUUUGACUUGUAACAUAGCCACAUAGCCAUGUUGCUUUUGAUUGGCCAAGUAUUCUGCAGUUACUCCACGAAGGAUCUGUUUAUCAGACUAAAGGACCCCUUAAAUCUGCUUGAUCUUUUUGGUUUCAGCUCUUGUCACAGAUUCAAAAGUAUGAUAACUUCAUCGGCCCUGUUGUGGACUCCCUAAAGUACCUUACUCCUCUGGCCUAUGAUGUGUUAGCUUGUAUCCUUGUUGUUUAUGUAUUUGAUUUAAGGUAACCAGGUGUAUAUCAUGGGAGAAAUUGAAUACUGGUCAGUGAUAGGGCUCAAGGGCUUGAAAACCUACCGCCUACUACUUAUUGUACAGUUGACUCUAAAAAGUACAUCAUUAGGACUGGCACUUAAAUACCAGUUAUCAACCGAGAGUGAGGACAUAACAUGGAAAUCUCAGACUGAGGCUUUGAGGUCAAUAUAUCAAGUGAAGUCUGAGAUUUUCCAGUAAUGACUGAGUGGACCAGGUUAAUAAGUUAUUUAUUAUAUGCAAAUUCAAUAAAAAAAACACUGGAAGUAAUUUUCAACUUCCCCUUGCGAGCGCACAGGGUCAUUGAAGGUUGUGUUCACUGAACCAAAAUAAACCGGUGAUGCGAUCGAUACCACAAGAUACAGUUUCUUUGACAAUGAGACAAUUUUUUCUCUUUAUUACAUCAAGAUCUUGGCCAAAUUUAACCACUUUAAAAAAUUUCAUAAUGCCCGGUCAAGAAAGAAAACAAGAAAAUCUUGCCAACUCGGCAGUUGGUCAGACAGUGCAUACUAUUGUAGCCAUAUACAAUGCAAUUAAUAUAAAAGUCCAUCUAAUUCUUAGAGUGGUGUCUGCUCUGAUGAGUGUCAAAAAUAAUGACUGAAGCCUAGAAUGGUAGGGACAAAAAGUCUAUUUGUAGGUGUCUGUUUUUAGGUGGGUGUCCAUCUUUUGGGGUGUCCCUGAAGGGAGUGUCAGCAGUUUAUCCAUUUGAUUUAUAAUAUGUAGUUGCAGGGGUUCAUUUCCUUAACCUUUAGACAGAUUGUAUUAUAGAAGCUCUGGCCAAUCCUGAGAGAGAAAGAUUAAAACAUGAAGACACAAAUAUCUCUGAGUGGUUAAAAAGUAUGCAGUAAACUGUAAAUUGUCUGUUGAUGCUACAAUCAAUAACUGUUUACUUAUGAAUGAUAAUUCACAAUUAUUGGACGAGGAUUAGCAAAAUAUCGUGAUUUGUCAGUGGCAAGCAGAUCAAUUAUUUGCCAAAGGCUGAGGCAAAUUAUUGAUCUGUGAGGCAGUGACAAAUCACAAUAUUUUGUGAUAACUGAGUUCAAUAAUUGUUUUAUCAUUAGAUCAACAAGUUUGUUUUUUAAACUCUCAAAGGUUAGCGAAGCGAUCUGCCAUAUUGACCCCAGAGCAAUUGCAAGAAGGAGAAAAGCAUGGUUUCAUUUCUGCAUGAGCACAAUAUUAUUUGCAGCCAAACACAGUUGGACGACAUUGCCUAUGAGAAGACCAUUAUUUGUAGGCAGUUAUUUAAAGGUCACAUGGUGGGAGCCCAGUGCUCUGAACAUGUAAAAUCUAGGGUAUCCAGUAUAUGAUUGUGUGAAAGAAGGAAGAUUUUCUAUUCGCCUAAGAGCAAAAGGUGCCAAAUGCCACCGGGCUCUGAUAGAGCACUGCCCUGCAUGCUCAUGGUAGCCAGUGAAAAUCACUGACACUCUGCCCUUGGCAACAGCCCUGUUUAAUGUUUCUUAACACCAAAAAGGUUGAAGCCAUUAUGGAGAGUUUCAAGCUUUUUAUUUUACAUCCACUUAUUACUUAUCUGCACGUUGUUCUCCAGGCUUAGCAGUAUUUUGUGGCACUGUUUUCCGCAAGUACUCCAUCGAACUGACAGGUCUCCUGCAGUAUGUCGCCAAUCAACUCAAGGCAGGAAAGAGUUUUGAUUUGCUGGUACUUAAGGAGGUGGUGCAGAAAAUGUCAGGGAUUGAGAUUUCAGAAGAAGUGACAGCAGCUCAGCUAGAGGCUCUCUCAGGAGGAGAGUUACUCAGGGCCGAGGUAAUCAGACAAAUUAAGAUAUGUUUAUUAAAGUUGGUUGACUGAAACUGAUUCCAAUUUAUGACCCUCCACAAAUUCCCUGCUAUUUUGUUUAACAAAGAAAAGGGGAGUGUAAGAAAUGCCUUAAAUAUCACUCAAUCUAAUGUUAAAGUACUUUAUGUAUAAAAAUGAAUGCACUUUUUUGAGUGUCAAUGUAUUUAGCCGCAAGUGCUAAUUAAAGAUGUUGUUUUGGUGUCUCUGGAUGGAUGUGGGACAGCUAUAUCCAUAUUGCCACCAAGCCACGAGGCGGUACCAUAAAUCCUCUAUUAAGCACCCCAUAGGGGCUUAUUUAUUUCAAACACAUUUUAGGGGGUCUUAAUAGAGAUGGGGGGCUUAUUUAAUUAAGCAAAAACGUUGGUAUCAGUUCUUUCAUAAAGAAGGAGAAUGCAAAGUGGAAAAGCUCAAGAACAAGAAGUUGGAAGUCAUGCAGCCAAGGAAAAAAAAACAAAUCCGAACUUCCAGCCGGUGAAUAAACCAUCAAAAUAAACCUAGAUCAAUCCACACAAAGUUUUACAAUCGUGAUUGAUUAAUAUGGUCUAUCAUUUAUUGGUGAAUAACAAUAAUAAGGUGGAGGGGAGGGGGCUUAUUAACUUUCUUCCCCUGAAAAAGGAAGGCUUAUUAGAGACGGGGGCUCAUUCUGAGAGGGGGGUUUAUAGAGUAUUUUUUGGUAUCUUCGUUUCUCAGUUAUUUUAAGACCCCGAGUAUUAGGCUGGCCCCGGGAAUAGAACCUGCAACCUCCUGUUUUGCAGUCAAGCUCCCUACCAACUGCUCUAGUCCUUACUUGUUAAGGCAAACAGAAGGCAAUUUAUAACGCUAAUCUAGCAUUUGUUCUGUACUAAAAGUUCUCUUCCAAGCAGCUUUUCAAUCAUUGUAAUUGCCCAUUUAUCCCUUUGUAGGGUGGAUAUUUUGGACAGAUUAGAAACACCAAAAAAUCUUCACAGAGGCUGCGUGACACACUGCUAGAAGGAAAGUUGGACCUACCACUCUGCUUGUUAAUGGCGCAACAGCGAAAUGGCAUUGUGUUUUAUGAAAAUGCUGACAGACAUUUGAAGCUUGUAGGAAAGCUUUAUGAUCAGGUAUACACAUGCAGUGUUGUCUAUAUCACGAAAGUGCCAUAUUUACUUUUCUGCCUGAUUUCCAAACAAUUUUCUUUAUGAAGUAUCCAUGAGCAUGGUGUGAAGAAUGUCAGUUUUACAGCUUGCAAUUCGGGCAAGCUCUGGCUAGCAUGAACUAGCCCAAAAGUCAUUUUAAAUAGCCCCCCACCCCCAAUACUUUUACCGAGCAGGAUUGAUAACAGUUUUUCUGUUAUUUGAAUUCCCCAACAAACUUUACUGCAGUCAAGAUGCGCUUUAUUUGAGAGUCAAUGCAUUUAGUACAAAAGUACUAAAUAGGGACACUAGUUUUACGUGAGAAGACGGGACCGCCAUUUUACGUGGUCAUCCGAGGCACGCGAAGGUCCAGCCGCUUGCAGUGCAAAGGGAGUACCUUCAUUUCUCAGUUAUUUUAAUACUCUGAGUACUGGUCCGGCCCUCGUAAUCGAACCCGCGACCUCCCGCUUUGCAGGCAAGCGCUCUACCGACUGAGCUAAUCCUGCCGCAGCUGAUGGACACCUUUAAGACUAGCACUAAGUGUCUGUCUUAGAGAGAUGUCUGUCUUAUAGAGAGUCAAAUAAAUGGAGAAAAGAAAGGCAGGGACCAACUCUAGGCGUCCAUUUUACAAACGCGUCUGUUUUGAGAGAGUUGAUUGUAGCUCCAUUAAAAAACCCCACUAGUCCUGGGCGUAUUGGACACUACUUUCUUCACACGCAGAUGAGUUUGAAAACCCCCAGCUCCAUGAAAACUGUUCUAAGGAUAAUUCAUAAUCACAGCAACGUGUCUUAUUUUUUUGUAGUGCCAAGAUACACUUGUACAGUUUGGAGGAUUCCUUGCUUCCCAGCUAACAGCUGAAGAGUAUGAUUCACACAUUCCCUCUCUGGAUGUCCUGGGCCAGUCUUAUCACUUGACCCCCGAUGCAGCUUUUUUUCUUUCAAGGCCCAUGUUUGUCCAUCAGAUUGAGGUUUGUUCUUAUGUUACUUUCAUCAGACUAUCAGUACACACGGCUUCAACUUUAUUUUCUUUAGUCCAAUAGCAAAGCUUUGCUGGUGAGAAUUUUUUCACAUAGAAGUGGUAAAUUCACUGGCUAUUUUCUGUCUUGGAGGGCGAGCGCUGGCCUGAGAAAACAGCCGACAUUGCUCGACGCCACCUCUGGUUUCCCCGCGAAAUAACGUCUGAGAAAAAAGUGCAGAAAUUUCACAUUGAUUACACGUCACUACCCAGAACCGGGAUAGUGACGCGUCAUCAGAAUGGAAUAAUAAUUAUUUCUACGCUCGUUUCUCUUACGUCAUUUCGCUGGGAAACGAGCGGUAACAUCGCGAAAUGUUGGUGGAUUUUUCAGCCUAGUCGAGAGCCUGUCCAAAAAGCGGGCUGGUUUCUUUUUAAACUCCUUGAAAGAAAAAAGUGAAAAAGCAGCUCGUUUAAAGGGAAGUCAUUGUCAACAUCCCAAAAUAACUAUGAUCAAAAAGUUUGGAUUUCACCUACCAGAACUUUGCAGUACUUUUUCUCAUUACUAUUGCAAAACACAGUCCGUACCUGAGAGCAUUGAAAUUUGUUUUAUUUUUAAUCCCCUUCCUUCUUUCCUUUGUCCGUCAGUAUCUAGUUCUCCUUGGUGUUUUUGUUUAAUUGUUGUGUUUAUUUUUAUUCUAGACAAAGUACGAGGAAGCCAAGAAGGCCAUUGCUGCUAAAGGAAAACCACUCCAACAGAAGGUAAGUCUUCCCUCCACCCGCCACCUUCCUCGCGGGUUGCGAUUUUCACGCGUGCUCGCGUAUUCGCUCGCCCUGAUGAAAUUGACGGACUACUCGUGGUCUGACUCUACAAAAAAUCCUCUCUUCCCUCCGCGUGUCACUUUACUCGCGUGUGGAAAUUUUCACGCGCGCUCGCGUAUUCGCUCGCCCUGAUGUAACUCACAUUCCUUCAUUUUAUUGCUUUCAGCAAAUCUUGCAGUGCUACAUUGAUGCAGUGAUUUUAGUCAUGGAGCCGGUAUUCCAGAGUGCUAGGACGAUUAUGGCACCCAAAAUUUGGAACAGCAUAAGGUGCAGAUGACACCGAAGGUUUUUUUGUCUGUUUGUUUCUGUUUUCAUCCAUGAAACUAGUGUUUUGUGAGGGUUUCUUGUCAUUAUGACUAACCAUUGAGUGUUAUCAGUAGAAAUUCAUACGUUUGUUGUCCGUUUUUAGUCCUCAGUUGUACGUAACCUUCUGGGCGUUGUCCAUGUACGAUCUUUAUGUCCCACUGGAAAGAUAUGAACAAGAACUGACGAAAUUAAAACAACAGUUGACACAGCUGGAUGACAAUAAGGACAUGGUAUGUUAUGGUAACAGAUCGUUUCGCCCGAGAGUCGAUUCACCUGAAGUUGUUUCGCCCAUACGUAAGUCGAUUCGCCCCGUUGUUCUUAAAGCCUGAAAAAAGUCCGUGAAAAGACAUGUGGAUCAACUUUUUCCAGUGAAAACUGCACACAAAUUAUAUCAAAGAUCGACACGAUCGCUGCGGUACAUGUAGACUUUAUGUACACGGCUGCCUAUUUACACUCUUUUAGUAUCUCGUAUAUGAUCGCUGGAUCAUUUUUAAUAAGCCUUGUUACAGACUGUUGUUUGCCAUCGUGCGAAUCGACUUACGUCCAGACGAAACAACUUUGUGCUAAUCGAUUUUCGGGCGAAACGACCACAAUCUAGUUGAAUGCUUAUAAAACAUAAAAAUUGUACUGAAAGAAUCGCUGUCAACAACAUUUUAAAGCCGAAAAAAUUUCCAGAGCAACUAAACAGGUUGCCUUUUGUUACAAUCAUUUUGUUUUUCAGCCUGUAAGCAAGAAGAAGAAGGAGAAAGAAAGAUGUUCUCUUUUAUUUGAAAAAUUGAAAGAGGAAUUAAAACAACAAGAGGAACACAACCAGAGAGUAAUGGCGUCACUGAAGCAUGAGAGAGACUCGUGGCUUCCAGCGAGUAAGUUGUUCAUACCGUCAGAUUUCCCUGGAUAAGCGCUGAAGCUUGUACCCCAAAUUCCCUUUGUAGUUUCUGGACUGCAGAAUUGCUUAAUGUGAUUUGUCUGUUAAUUUUUGUGUUUCAGAAGCGACCAAAAGUGAAACCAUCACACAGUUUCUUCAGCUUUGUAUGUUUCCCAGAUGUGUGUUUACAGCCAGCGAUGCUGUAUACUGCGCAAAGUUUGUUCACAUGCUGCACAACCUUAAAACACCAAACUUUUCAACGCUUCUCUGCUUUGAUCGAGUAAGUCACGUGGCGACUAAAUUUCCUUGGAAAAAUAAGAGAGACCGUUAGAUUCGAGGACGAGGCCGGCGAUUAAACUUAAAGUUUUUUCAGGUACUCUAAAAAAAUAUACUCCCUGGAAUGCUUCGUUUUACUUCAAUUUUUCAACAGAAAAGCUUAUACGGUUAGUUUUACUGAAGGAGUUAAGCCCUCUCCCGAUCUCAAAAUGAUGAAACUUCUAACAUUUGAUAACUAGUUUCUGCCACUACGACAUUUUCGCUAAAACUCGUAGUAGAUGACGGCCACCACAUUUCCCCCCAAAAUGGUGCUGGUUCACGCGCGUGUUCUACUUAGUGUUGAGAAAAUCUCUCGAGUAGUCGGUCUCGUCUUAAAAUCUAAAGUUCUCUAAUAUUCUCCUGAACAGAACCAAGAGUUACCACUGCUCAUUAGUUUUCGCAGACUUCCUGGAUUGGUUGAUCCAGUAGAUUAAUUGUUUAAUCAAUCAUUCAAUCAACCAAUCAUACUUGAUGACCAAUUAACCUUCCUGGUAGAGGCAUGCUUUUUAGAAGCUAUAAACUGACAAUAUUGUGAGUUAAUGUCGCUGUAAUGUGGGUAUUUUGCAACGCACAAAGUCUUGGUUUUGAAAGAAAACUCAAAAUGCUUGUUUGGUAAGAUAGAAAAACACCAAGGAAGUUAUCAUUAAAUCUUACGGAUCAUGAUUAGUAAAGACGCAGAAACAAAGUCGUAGUUACGUAAACGUAAUUCAUAACGUGUUGGAGCUGAAAUGCGCAGUACAUUUUACGUUCACUGAUCAAAGAAAAAGAAAACAAUUUUGGACUUUACUUGCAAAAGCCCCGUGUCUUCACUGAUAAAUGUUAAGUAACAUGUUUGUUUUGUGUCACAAGGUAUUUUCAGACAUUUCCUACACAGUUGCAAGCUGUACAGAAAACGAAGCCAGUAGAUAUGGUAAGCUGUGUUUUGCAUCGGUGAUUGUGUUUCCAGAGGGACACGCAAGGUCCUGACAGAGUGAUCUCUUGAUUUCUUGUCUCCGUUCACUUUGUAGGUCGCUUUUUGUGUUCGAUGCUUGAGAUCGUGAUGAGAUGGCAUGGUGAUAAGAAGACUUACGAAAAGGUAAGUAACGCGACAAAAAGAAAUAAAACCGCGUAACCUGAGUGUCAGGCGUUUCUGGGGUAAAAGGGCGAAGAGAGAAGCGAAAAGGGAAGAUAGCGAGGCAGGGGGAGGGACAUCCUUUCUCUCUCCACCCCUCCCCCCUUCCGCCCACUAAAAUCACCUCUCUCCUAACCCCUAAGGAGGCCCUGAUACUCAGUUUUAAACAACCUUAUCUGGUUAAAAAUUGUCAAGGUUUUGAAACUUGAGAGCUUGUUUCAUCGAGGGUAAGUGGUAGAAAAUUACAAAGAACACGAAGUAAAAAGAAAAAACUGGAUCAAACUUUAGCGAAGCAAGUCUUGUCCUUUAGCGCCAAUGUCAAAGACUUAAGCUGAGCACAAUAAAACCGGAAAUGUAAAUUUUUUUUUUGGGGGGGGGGGAUAGUAAGUUCCUGGUCUGCGUAGAAAGUGUUUUCACCUCGGCGCGACAAAAACUUUGCUACAUCUGCAACUGCUUUUUCUAUUAAUUUUUUUUUUAAUUGACUAGGUAAUCGUCUUGCUGUUAUCUUUUUAUUCGUACCUUCGUCGUAAAGUUGGUAUUUUACUAAAAUGUAAAAAAGGGAAGUUAAUUGAACGCUAAGCAGUAUUUAGCCACAUGUAACUUUUUCUGAAAAUGUCGUUUCUUGGAAUUGUGACGUUCAAACUUACAUAAGUGAAUGAUUAAAAUAUACAUUUUGCAUACACAGACUGGCAAUGAAUUUAAAUAUGGCCGUUUAUAGCUCCUUUUUAUUAAUUUUUUUUUUUAACAGGAAUGUGGUAGUUACCCCGGAUUUGUGACCGUUUUGAGGGCCACAAACAACGAUAAAGCAGACCAUUUAGACUACGAAAAUUACAGGCAUGUCUGUCACAAGUGGCAGUACAAACUUACUAAGGUAACCCUCCAUUUUCAACAAUGCCAAUUAAGUGAGCCAAACCCUAAUUUAUUUCCUUCCCAGAUGAACAUCAUUCGCCCCCCCCCAACCCCCACCCCNCUCCAAUCAUGUUUUUAGCUUGUCUCGUACGUCAGAAUUCUGAAAAACGUGCGCUAAACCUCUCUCGUCUUUCCAUGCCCUGGAGUGAAGGAAAAAGUCGUCCUGAAAAUCCAGUUCACACUUUUUUUAGUGUAAACUAGCCCGUGUCCGUUAACCUAUCCGUCCCGUUUACACUACACCAUUUAUUUUCAGAGUUGGUGUGUCUUAUCUUCUGCAAAAAUGCAAAGGGCGAAAAAAUAAACACGAGGUGAUAUUUUGGGUUUAUGAGUGCGUGUUGAGUUUGCUUCAGGUCAGCGUUUGAUUUUCGCGUGCGCUGUUAUGCAUGUUGCUUUAAGAAAGCUGUUUUUCCUACAAAGAUGUGCGACGUUUCUUCAAAGGGCACUUGUUCUGGCUGUUUAUUUUUAAUUUUGUUCUAUUUGCAGAUUUUACCGUUUUAUCCAAAAGUUUUAAAUCUCGGGCAAGCUUUGGAAAGAAGAAUCGACAAAAUCUGUGAAGAGGAGAAAGAGAAGCGGCAGGAUAUUUAUACUCUCGCUGUGGGGUAAGAAAAGUCACACAUGUAGACAGUUGUUUGUGCUUAAUAUGACCCUUUCCCCAGGGGUAAAGCCUGUUAGCCGAGGAAUAUAAAAUUUAUGAAGGAAGUAUCCAUGGAAUCGUCAAAAUGUUUAAAGGAUGCGACCAUGACAGCUAACAAGAUGCUAACCAAUCAGUAGAGUGGCUUUGACUUUGGCGAAUUUUCCCGCGUAAAAGACGCACCUCACGCAGCUGAGAGCGCGGGAAAAAAUUUGAGUGUGACCGCUUUUUUCUCGGAAUCUAAAACACUACAGAAAAAUUGCUUUUCAUGCGGUGCGUGUAAUUUCAGUAAGGAGUUACUGUGAAAUUAAAAAAAAUCUUAAGCUUGAUUUAUUCUUGUUUAAUUUUAGGUAUGCCGGUCGUUUGAAAGCGAAAAAGCGAGAGAUGGUCGUUGAGAGCGACUUUCACCAUAAAGAAAAGGUAUUGAAUCAUAAGUUGUCACAAAUAAACUUUUUCACGCGUGGCGACUUGUAAUGUUUUUGUAACUUUUGAGUCUGACUGUGGAUGAAAUCCUAUGGUUUGACCAUUCAAAUGAAGCCUCUUUAGCAGUAGUUGCACAUGGUACUAUUUGUUUUGUACAAAGUUCUAACUUUUGAGUCUGCUGAUGAAAUCCUAUGGUGUGACCAUUCAAAUAAAACCUCUUCAUUAGUAUUUUCACAUGAUACUUGUUUUGUCUGUAGUUCCAACUUUUGAGUCUGUGUAUGAAAUCGUGGUAUGACCAUUCAAAUGAAUCCUCUUCAGCAGUUCGUUCACAUGAAACCAUAUGUCUUUUAGUAUUGUACAGAAAAAAAUAUGGAAAUUUUUCCUGGUUGUUUUUUUAAGUUGGUCACUUUUGAAGAGUGGAAGGGCUAGUCUUAGAGUCCAACACAUAAGUAAACUAAAAAAGAACGCUAUUAAAUGGCCGGGUUACUUUACUCUUUGUUGUUCCCCUCAAACAGAUUUGAUAAUGAAUUCUUUUUGGGUCUAUUUGCUAAAAUUUUGAUUUUUUUUUGCAGCCCCCUGCAACUGCUCCUCCACCUUCAAGCCAAACUGAUUCUGUCGCUGUUAAACAAGAAAAAACGGUGAGUUUUAAGGCGAAAUUCGCGCCGUUUAUUUUUCGUCAUUAUUUGGGGUGGAUGCGAUGUGAUGGCGUUACGUUUCAAAAAUGAUGGAUAGCGAUGCUGAUCAAAAUACGUUUCGCAUUCAGAUAGUGGAGGAUGACGCGAAAUAGUGAGCGGAGUGGAAAAAAGCGCUGUUUUUUUCCUUUUAACUUUUGUUUCCGCUGUCCCACUAUCCGAAGUUAAAACGCCUGGAAAAGGCUAUCAUUAUCGUGACUUAAGUGGGCUUACUAAAAGUUAUGUUUUUGUGUAUUGUAGGUGAAAAAGAGGCUAUUAAUUAGUGAGAACGAACAUGCUAUACUUAAAUUGCCAAUCAGAUUGUAAUGUCUAAUGCUUUGUUUUAGGAAACACAGCCAAAUUCUUCAGUAAACACGGAGUCUACAAGUAAGUUAGUUUAAUAUUGUAAGUAUUUGAGUAUGAAAGUCUAGAAUUUUGGAUGAACUUCCCCAAGAGUUGGCAGAAUUUUAAGCACGUGUAAAAUAAGAUUAAACGAAGACCACACUCUUAGCACAAUUAAACAACAUUACCACUGUAUGAAACAGUCAGUGUAACAAAACAAACGUGGAAUACAACAAAAUCAUAUGAGAAAGUUCGCAACACAUCAUUUUGGGUAAUGAGAUCACUUAAUGGUCUACGAGUUUGCAAACAAAAAUCAUGUUCAAUUUCUAUUUUUGUAGAGAGUGUGAAGAAUGAUUCGGAUGUGAAACCCAAGACAACAGGUUUGAAGAUUUUGUUUGCUUGAAUUGUUAUUGAAAACAAGUUAGAGUAAUGUAGAUUGGUGUAGUGCCUAGGAAGGCACACCCUGCGAGGAAAGCCUGGGUCCGAAACUGCAUCUUAGCAACAUGCAGGGCAUGCUCAACAAAGAUCUUAAUAUAGAAUGAAGAUGAAGUGCACUGUUGAAAUACAAAUUUAAACGAAGAGAUGAUCGUCGCAGUGGUAAUUGCAAUUUAAGCAAUUGUAAAUUAACCCGAAAAAAUUUCGGGACUUCAACGGGAUUCGAACCCAUGUCCUCUGCGUAAUAUCUUAAUAGAUUCAAGCAGAGUCGUUCUCGAGUACGCCGAAAUUGAGCAAGCGCAAGAAAAGCUCUACUGGCAGGGCCAGGAAGGUACAACUGAAGAAAGCUUUAUUGCUGUUUUAGAACGUAGGAUAAAUGAUUUAUUACCUUGUAUUUUUAGUGACAAUCAAGAAAGAGCAGGAUGGUUCAAAAUCCUCCAGGUAUGUAUUGUACUGUCUUAGCUUGAGAAAGUAGCUGACGUUUCGCUAUGUCACCACUGGUUUCCCCGCGAAAUGACGUCUGAGAAACGAGUGCAGAAAUUCCAUACUGAUGACGCGUCACUACCUGUACCCAGAUCUAGGUAGUGACGCGUCAUCAAUAUCGAAUUUCUGGCCCGUUUCUCAGACGUCAUUUCGCGAGGAAACCAGAGGUGGGGUCGCUUAAUGUUGGCUGUUUUCUCAGGCUAAUAUUAGAGAGAUUUAGAGUCAGCAAACAGCAAACGUAAGAUUCAAGUUGAAAAUUUCUCGUAGUAGAAAAUAAGGAGUUAAAUACUGUCCAGAAUAAUUCUCACGAGUAGAACUGGCUUGAAAUUACUCAUUUUUGUGUAGAAGUAAUAAACAGUAAAGGGCACGUAAGGGAAAAACUUGGUCACGUGGUACAAAUGAAUGUUUUCCAUUUCGCUUAAACGUGACUUAAAAUCUCGCUACUGUCGCGGUUAAAACAUGGCUUUCCCACGUGACAAAAAUUCCUUUCACUUUGAGGGUAACCAACCAUUCUUCUUUUCCAGUCCUAGCGCGACCAAGAGCGAAGGUGUUUCUUCGUCUCAGGAAAAGACCGCCGGCAAAUCCAGUACAGGGUCAUCCGGUAGCAAACCAUCAGGGACCAGUACCCCUAGCGGCACAUCCUCUUCACGGUCAGGUGCGAACGCUGAGUCGCCAAGCAGGAACGCAGCUGGGAACAAGUAAGAUGGUUUUAUUAAACAAAAGCGGGAAAACUCAGUUAGUUAAAUUUCAUCUUAUUUACCCUAUAAACAGCAUCCUUUCUUUGCACUUUCCUUCUGAGUGUCUAUUAAACUCCAAUAAACGAUGACUUCAAAUCGCAUUUUAAUGUCAUUACAGAUCUUCAAACACAAGCGGCAGCUCCAGCCAGCAGGCUUCUAGGACGUCCGCAGCUAAUGCGACCUCUAAGGGGACAAAAACUCCAACGAACGUCAAAACAGAAGGGACAACCAAUGGAAAUGAUGUUUCUGUCAGCAAAAAAUCGGACAGUAGGUGUGUGAGUCAUGUAUUGUAAUAGCAAAGAGCAUUUGAAGAUGCUUUUGUCUUGGCUAUCGACUGCAAAACAUUGCACGUGCUGAUGUAACACACGUGAAUUCUCUGCUAUUGCCCUAGCCGUAAACGAUAAAAAGUUGGAAAAGAAGAUUAUUUUUCCUGGAAUGUAACGUUUUCAAUCACAGCCUUACCAUGCAAAUAUCUCUCUUUUUCAUCAAGAGAAUAAACAAAUGGAGUAAACCGCUUUUUUCUUUGCAUUUCUCUUAAAAUAUUUCACAGUAAACAAAAGAAUAAAGAAAAGGAGAAAGACAAGGAACAGAACGACAAACCCAAGGAAAAGGUAAAG